AUUUAACUCUCUCAGAAAGCAAAAUUACGUCACCGCUGCAUUCUACUAUUCCGAUCGCCACCGUCCCAUCUUCCCGUCUUUUACCAGACCACUAAAUGUAUAUUAGUUCGUUGUGCACACAACUGUGGUUAACGGUGCUUGUGCGCCGUUUUAGGAAUUGGAAUAGACGUCGAAGCUUUUGGCGAAAUUAGAUAUUUAUAAUUACUAAAAUAUUCUGGCAUCAUGAAGAAAUCAUCAUUGUGCCCAGGAUUUCGUUUUCACCCAACUGAUGUUGAGUUGGUUAUGUACUAUUUAAAGAGGAAGCUAUUAGGGAAAAAGAUGGUACCUGAAGUUAUCGCAGAGGUUAAUAUAUAUGAUUUUAGCCCAUGGGAUCUUCCAGAUAAGUCCAGCUUGAGAAAUGGAGAUCUGGAAUGGUUCUUCUUCUGCCCAAAAUCUAAAAAAUAUCCAAAUGGUUCUAGAAUGAACCGUGCAACUAAAGCUGGUUACUGGAAAGCCAGCGGGAAAGAUAGAGAAGUGAAAUACAAGGAAAGAACUGUGGCAAUGAUCAAGACAUUGAUUUUUCACAUGGGUCAUCCACCAAAGGGUACAAGAACAGACUGGGUAAUGCAUGAAUACAGGAUGGAAGACAAGAAUCUGGCUAAUGAAGGAGUUGUUCAGGAGGCAUAUGCUCUCUGUAGGCUAUUCGAGAAAAGUGGUGCAGGGCCAAAAAAUGGUGCACAGUAUGGUGCACCAUUUGAGGAAGAAGAAUGGGUUGAUGAAGAUGAUGAAAGCGGCCUGUCAGGGGCUGCUGCUACAGAAAUAGUGAAUCCUAUAAGAACUAGUUCAGCUUAUACCAACAUGACCUUUUAUGUACCAGGUCCAUCUACUGCCACAUCUUCUGAAAACAUGAGACACAUGGAUAAAUUCACUGUAACAUCUUCAGAAGCAUUAAGUGUAUCUGGUGCUACAAAGACGUCGACUUCGUAUGCAAGUGGUUCAGCAUCAGCUAUGACGGACCCUUCCCUUGCUGAACCCGACCCAGCUGCCAUUACAGUUUCCGAAAUCGAAAGAUAUUUGGAUAAAUCUACUGUAACAACUUCAGCUGUAUUCGGUCUAUCUGGUGCUUCAGAAGUGCCGGUUCCACUUGCAAGAGAUUUAACUGUGAUGAACAUGACCUCAACCGAACCAGGUCCAUUUACGAUCACAUCUUUAACAAAUGAGAGAAAUCAUUUGCCUGCUAAGAAUGAUGCCAUGCCUACCUCUGAACUCAUUGCUUCAAUUUUUCAUGAUAAUAAUACUCUGGAGGUAGAAAAUCGAAAUGGGAACAACAUCGUUACUGAUGCACCCAACCAUGAUGAUUUCGUUUUGGACUCUGCUGCCUUGAGUACAUUAGACGACUUGAGCCUAGAUGGAUUUGACAUGUUUUAUGAUGAUGGAUCUACUAAUUCUAUGAUGGAAGCAUUUUUGCUUGAUAAUCUCGAUGACGAUCUCGGAAACUUUUUCUAGUGCAACUGGGUUGAAGUGUUAUUUUUCUGUUUAGUAUCUAUGUUUGUUGACAUGACACCUAAGGUUUUUUUUCAAUUCUUUUUGCUGGUUGGUUUCAUUAUCACAGAGCUGCUCCAAAACUGGCUUGGUUUCAAGAUGUAGAAUCCAUGUUGAAUCACCAUUUAUCAUAUAGACAUAUUCUAUGUUUAGUA